AUGCCGCUGGUCUCGUUCGCAACAUCCAAACGCUCGUCGUGCGAUCGCUGUCGGAAGCAGAAGCUGCGGUGUCCGAACAAAGACGAUGCCACUCAACCGUGUGCGCGGUGCCUGCGCGCCGGCGUCCCCUGCGUGAUGAGUUACACUCGGCCUCGAGGCCGCUUGCAAAAAGAUGUCAUCUUGCCAGACGACGACGACAGGCGGAAGCCCGCGAACUCGGCACUGUCGACUCCCAGCAGCAUGCUCUCCACGGGCUCAGAUACCACGGCAGACGAUUCAACCGCUCAUUCGUGGUCACUGCUAAACGACUAUGAUUUCUUUGCUUCGAUACCCUCCGGCUACGAACAGGGGCACACGCCAGCUCACGACGAUGCCUCAGUCGCCAUGCACUACUCGCCGCUGUACGACGAGCUCGGGACAAACAUGCACGACGAGCCACCACAUAUACUCCACAACGCGUUUCCCAAAGCCACUGCUGCCCACGCUGAAUUCACUUCCCCAGAAGCCGCAGGGCACCCCUCUAUCGACGCAGCCAGCGGCUCCACAUCAGAUCUCAGGUGCCAGCUCGAGUGCGAAAUGCAACUGUCCCGCCUCAAUCUGGAUCUCUGCCGCCAGCUGCAAACACAGAUGCUGGAUCGCAACACGAUGUGUGGCGAAGCCACUACUACCACUACUACUACUACUACUGAUAUGCAAGACUGCACCCCGGAUACAUCGAGCGCCCUCCGCGACGUGCUCCAGAGUAUCGAGCGCUACAAGCACGUGCUGCAGAGCCUCAACGCAUACAACAGCAACAGCAACAGCAACAGCAACAGCAACACCAUCACUCUCAACACGCCAAGCCCGCAUCCACAAGACCCAGCCAGCGCAUCACUCCCACUCACAUUCCCCUGCAUGAUCAACCUCACCUCGUGCUUCUUCCACAUCGUGGACCUCUUCAACGCCUUCCUCUGCACCCUGGCCUCGCACCUGGAUCCACGCAGUCUAUCCUCGCCGUGCCAGGGCCUCCAGAUUCUCCCUGAACUCAAGCUCGCGGGCCUCCCUGUCCACGACGUGUGUCUGCAAAUCAAGAUCUUGAUCCUGGCUGUCUCGCACCACUUUGCCACUAUGGAGCGCCUGCUGGGACUGCCGGCGGAGCUGUGCGUGUCGUCGUCGUCGUCGCAGCUGGGCUUGGGGGCCCCGCGCGGAUUGCUGCCGAGUUACUGGAUUGCGACGCUGCUGAGUGCAAAGGGCGAGGUGCUUGGGCUUGAUGGGAGUGGCGUGUCGAGUUAUGUGCAGUCGGUACAGCUGUCGAGGAAUAGCAUUUGUAGGUUGCAGAGGUUAUGUUCUUGA